AUGAUAACUAAUCAAUACAAACUUAUAUUAGAUAAUUAUUUAUUAGAAAUAUAUGAUUCACGUUAUAGACGUUAUAUAAUUCUUGAUGAAGAAUAUUUUGAUAACCUAAAAGAUCGUUUAUCAAGAACUAGUGUUAGUACAUUAAAUGGACGAAUUAUGAUACCACCACAAAUGUCUACACGAAGUUAUUUAUCAAAUGAUCGUAAACGUAAACGAACUUCAUCUUUUUCACCACAAAUUGAUUAUUUAAUUAUUUGGCUUGAUUCAUAUAUUGGACAUCCAGAUAAUUGUCGUUAUCUUAAACAUAAAUUUACUAUAACAACAACAUUAGAUGUUGCUCGACCAAUGUUAGAUUAUGAACUUUGUAUUGAUGAUUUAAUACAAAUAAAUUCUAAAAGAAAAAAUACUAAAAAAUUUUUAAAUAUAUUUAGUAAUAAAGAUGAAUGUUUAGAAUUUUUUAAACGAGUUGAAUCAAAAAUGAAAAUUAUAUUUAUAACAUCAAAUUUAUUUGGUGAAGAAAUUGUUCCAAUAAUUAUUCAACGUGUUCAUAUUAUUUAUAUAUUAGUUAAUGAUAAUAUAUUCUCUUAUGAAUGGGCAUUUGAUUAUAAAUCAAAUCUUUUAAUAUUUGAUGAUUGUCUAUGUUUACUUAUUCGUUUAAUAAGAGAUCUUGCAAAGAAUUUUGUUGAAAAAGCUGAAAAUACAUCAAAAUUAUCAUUAAAACAUGCAAGUACUUUAUUAAAAUGGGCAAGAGAAUUAUAUAAUCGUGCAAAUGAACUUGAUAAUUCACCAUAUUUUAAUAUUCAAAAUUCAAUUGAUAGUCGAUUACAAACAUUAGAAUUCAAUUGGAUGUGUAAAGAAUCAAACAAAAUUAUUAACAAUGAGCAGGACGAUAAAUUUGCACUUGAAUGUGAUGAAGGUUGA